AUGGCCUACAUUGGCUUUGGUGGCGCAUACAACGAAGAUGGCAUGGACAUUGAAGCUACUGGUCCCAAAGUCACUGUUAGAGAAGCCACUCAAGACCACGUCGAUUUCGUCCUACAAUCCACCUCUCUCAGCCUAGCCAACUCCCUUCGCCGCGCCAUGCUAGCCGAAGUCCCCACCGUAUCCAUCGACCAAGUCCAAAUCCUAAGCAACACCUCCGUCCUACCCGAUGAAUUCAUCGCCCACCGCCUCGGCCUCAUCCCCCUCGACUCCCGCGGCUGCGAACCAGACAUGCUCUUCCAACGUGAAUGCGACUGCGGUGGUGACUGCGAGCGCUGCGCCGUGAUCCUUGAACUGGCCUGCAAAUGCGAGCGGGAAGGCACCAUGAUGGUCUUCGCCCGAGACCUAAUCAUCGUGGACGCACGACCCAACGAAUACGUCGGGCAGCCCAUCAUCCGCGACCCGAAGGGCAACGGACCCUUGAUCGCAAAACUACGCCGAGGUCAAGAGUUACGAGUCCGCUGUACAGCCAUCAAGGGAAUCGCCAAAGAACACGCCAAGUGGGCACCCACAGCUGCGGUGGGCUUUGAAUACGACCCGAACAACAAACUCCGUCACGUGGAUUACUGCGGAACGCGAACUGGGAAUCCGAAGACACGGCAGCAGACGCUGCUCUUCUUCGAUGUCGAGGGUGUGGGUACCCUGGAUCCGGACCAGAUCGUCCAAGAGGGCAUCAAGGUGCUGCAGAAUAAAUUGGCGUUGGUGAUCCAGGGGUUGGGAGGUGGGAGUGACAAUGACAACAACAAUACCAACACGAACGCUACGAAUGGGGCUGUGGGAGCGGGAGGAGCCACGCCGUUUGGUGCCGGUGGUGUGCAGGACCAGGCAUAUGGUGGUGCCGGCGAUCAUACGAGCUAUGGUGGGUACCCUGCUGGUGGUGCUACGGCGUAUGGUGGCGGUGGCGCGACUUCGUAUGGAACUCCAUAUGGCGCUCCCGGGCAGAAUGGCUAUGGGUAUUGA